CAUCCCGACUACAAGAUCACUCCACCACGAAGCACUUUUCAAACCGAAGACCUACACGCAUCUUCAUUUUCAACCGCCAAAAUGGGGUAAGCUCCUCUCACCGACCGACGCAUGCGAAAGCGCCCAAUUGCUGCUCGCCCUGCCGACGGGUUCCGCAGGGUUUUCCCGAUGGAUGCGCAUAGCUUGGAGAGAACCUUCGACUGACGCCGUGCCAUAGUAUGAUCGACGCCAAGAACAGGGUGACGGAGAACCAGCGCUUCUACCAGGCUGCGUACAAGGCUCACACCCGCCUGUGGAAGAUUAACCCCCGAAGCAACUGGUACAUGGCCCCCUACCUCGUCGCCCUCUGGGGAGGUUUCGGAGCUACCCUCUACGCUGCCAGCCGAAAGGUUGCCGGCCACAACACCUGGUUCAGCAAGGAUUAAAGUACCGGUAUCUAUGGGACGAGCCAAUUGAGUUACCCCAACUU